GCCGCCGCCAUGACCGCUCUGUGUCGCCUGGUUCACAGGACGCUCCUUGUUCUUCCUCCGGGCGGACGCCGGACGUCGUGUCGCGCGCCGACCGGACGAAGGGACGCGAGCGCGGCCAGCUCGUCCGGCACCAGCUUGGUCAACCUGACGUACGACGUGUUUGACGGGAAGGGAGAAAGCAGCACGCCGCUGGUGUUCCUGCACGGAUUGUUUGGAAGCAAAUCAAACUUUCACUCCAUCGCCAAGUCGCUGGUGCAGCGGACCGGUCGAAAGGUGCUGACCAUUGAUGCUCGUAACCACGGCAACAGCCCCCACAACCCCCAGCUGACGUACGAGGCCAUGAGCAGUGACCUGUCGCACCUUCUCGCUCAGCUGCGCAUCGACAAGUGCGUCCUGAUCGGACACAGCAUGGGCGGCAAGACGGCCAUGACCGCCGCCCUCACGCAGCCGGCGCUGGUGGAGCGGCUGGUGGUGGUCGACAUCAGUCCGGCUCAGAGCAACACCAGAACCAACUUCCACGCUUACAUCCGUGCCAUGCAGGACGUGCAGAUCCCCGGCGACCUGCCGCGUUCCACCGCCAGACGUAUGGCCGAAGACCAGCUGCGACGCCAAGUGAAGGAGCACUCGGUGCGUCAGUUCCUACUCACAAACCUGGUGGAGCACAACGGUCGUUACGCCUGGAGGGUUAACCUGGACGCCAUCUCGGCUCAUCUUGAUGACAUCAUGAGCUUCCCGAGCUUUGACUCUGCAUAUCAGGGCCCCGCGCUCUUCCUGGGCGGAGCCAGUUCAGCGUACAUCAGCUCUGAAGAUUACCCGGAAAUCGAGAGGCUGUUCCCAUGCGCCGACAUCCAGUACAUUCCUGACGCCAGCCACUGGAUCCACGCUGACAAACCUCUGGACUUCAUCAGCUCCAUCAUCUCCUUCCUACAGUCCUAACCUCACUUCCUCCGCCCGCCCGCCAUGAGGUGAGGACUCUGCGAGAACGACCGACGACAGAAGUCAACGUCUUGCUGCUUGUAUCACGGAAAUCGUCUCCAAUACGGUACGGUACUGGAUGCUAACACGCUCGUAUUACUGUUACACUCGCGCAUACAUCGAAGCCCCGUUUAUUGUGAGGGAUCUGGGCCAGAUGCACCCGCAAAGGUAUUCCUUUGCACCUGUUGUCCCUUUUUCGCCGACAAGAAAUGGGAGACUCGUAUUGUAUAACAUCACUUUGAGGAAAGGAAAACACGAAAACUCUCUGGCGUGCGCCGGUCUCCGAAUAGGAGCGCGAGUGUGCUUCCUUUGAGCCGUUCGGUGCUCUAGGUUUACCGGAAAACAAAAAAACAGCUAAACAUUGUAUAUUUAAACACAAAUCUGUUCAAACUCGGGCUGCUGCUGUUGAUUAUUGUUUUGAUUAAUCCGAUUUUUAAACAAAUUAUUACUUUCCAUCACUUUAUUCAAAUUGACGGGGCAGCUAACGCACAAACAUGGAUUAUGAUGCAGUUGUUUCUGUCAGUAAAAACGUUGAUCAUUGUAAAAGCAGAUGUUUGCCAAGAUAUUCGAAAAUGAGCAUAGCUAUCAUGCUAAUCCUCCAACCCUAACCCACAUACAGUAGAGCAGCAACACGCACUCGCAGGCCUAUAUUCCCCCUGCGACGUGAGAAGAACGAAUAUUCCAACCCGAAACGCGCUACUGCAUUACGCUCUUCCUGCUGUUAAUUGGGCUGCGUAGAGCUCAGUGCUGCCCGCAAUGUUGCGGCACAAUGUGUUAAGCACUACACUGAAUUUGGGACUUGGUAGAAAAUAUUUCAAAAACAGUAACAUCUGCAAUGUAGCGAAGGGUGCGAACGAUGGUAUGUGAUAAUGGUGGAGAACACAGCCACUUUUAUAGAAAUAUCUCAAACUAUAACAUCGCUGCAUACACAAGCAUUUUAACAGCAGGUACUCGAGGGUCGUGGUGUCCGAUAUGAAAUACUACAAUAUGUUAAGGACUGUGGUGUCACUCAGAUGUUUGAUGGACCAAAGCCGCAGCAGCUGCUGCGUCUUCCGCUUACAGUCCUCUGGCGUUCCCAUCCAAACGCGCACAUCGUUGUCGUCGUCACUCGCCACCGUGACGAUGCGCGUGUCACUGAGUCAUUGUGUUCUUCCCCGACUCUCAAAGGUCUUGAUUCCUGUGACGUGUCGUGACGUAUUUAUGAGCUGAUGAUCACAGCAAAUUAUUACUUGCAACCGCAACUUUAUACGACGUGGAGUGCGCGUUGUAAUCAGCGCUUCUGUGCCAAUUUGAUUGGCAGCUGGCUUGCACGUCAGUUUAAAGAGCGGCCACAAGGGGGCAGACAUGCCCGCGGCUUCUCUUGGAAACAAGUUCGUCCGACUAUAUUUAAAGGGACAGGCUUUCAGUUCGGCCACAAUAUGGGAGAGUUUCGUGCAUGCUUGUGUCCCUCAGUUCAAAUGGAUUGAUGUGUCUGUACACAUCUAUUCUCAAUGUGAACAUAAUAUAUUGUAUAAUCAUCAUCAUCAUAUAAUAAUGUGGUAAAGAUGAGGGGUGAGUGAAUGUGGCGGCUGGCAUUAUUUAUAAAGUCAUAACCAAAGCAAACACAGAUUCGAGAGAGAGAGAGAAGGUAACUUUGUCAUCCUCAUGUUGUUGUAAACGGGAAAUUGUUCGUGUUGCUUAUUAUCCCCCUGUAAUAAAAUCAAAUUGUAUACAUUUGUCGGUAAA